AUGCAGAGAUACAGAGAAGGUAAAUAUAGCAAAGAGAGAGGAAGGGACAUACCAGAUCGAAUAGGAGAAAGGCAACAACAAGCUCAGUUUUCAUACAGCAAUCUUAGCAUCACAAACGAGCUGGAAUCGAAACAACUUCAGGAUUUUAAGCUUUUGCUUAUUGGAGAUUCGGGUGUUGGCAAAUCGUGUCUCCUUCUGAGAUUUGCUGAUGAUUCAUAUCUUGAGAGUUACAUUAGUACCAUUGGUGUGGACUUUAAAAUCAGCACAGUUGAACAGGAUGGGAAAACCAUUAAACUUCAAAUUUGUGAUACUGCUGGUCAAGAACGUUUUAGGACAAUUAUCAGAAGUUACUACCGCGGUGCACACGGAAUAAUUGUGGUUUAUGAUGUAACCGACCAAGAGAGCUUCAACAAAGUCAAGCAAUGGUUGAGUGAAAUAGAACGAUAUGCAAGGAAUAAUGUGAAUAAACUUCUUAUUGGAAAUAAGUGUGAUCUCACAGCACAAAAGGUAUUUUCCACAGAGACAGCUCAGGCUUUUGCUGAUGAGAUUGGCAUACCUUUCAUGGAAACAAGUGCAAAAAGUGUCACUAAUGUAGAACAGACUUUCAUGAUUAUGGCUGCUUCAAUCAAGAACAGAAUGGCAAGCCAACCGGCAUCAAAUGAAAGGACGAAGCUCUGUUGCCUUGAUGAUGAUUCUGAUGUGGAGCUGUGGUGAAGCUGGUAUGCAACA